GGCUAUAGACACCAUACUCCAUAAUAGAUUCAGUAUAUAUAUAUUAGACAUCCUUUGUUGUAUACAAUAAUAGAUUGCAGAAGAAAAUUACAUAGUAGACUCAAUUUAAGUUGGAUAGUAGAGAGAUUGGUAGGAGUCCAUAUUUGAUAGGUAUUUAUGAUUACAAAGUAGACUCGACAGAACAGAAAUUAGUAGAAGUCAUUAAAUUUCCAAGCAAGACAUUACAUAGUAGACUCCAUAAAAGACUGCAUAGUAGAGAGCUCGGAAAAAAUUAACAUUCAAAUAGAAUGUUGAUGCUUACAACCUAGACACCAAAGAGGACAGAUUCAUAGAAUUCAGAAGUAGACAACGAAAAAAAAUCAUAGUAUCAUGGUGCAGAAGUUGGUAGAAUUUGAUAUUUGAUUGGUUUGUUGAUUAUAAUUUAGACCCCAAAGAAGAGAAAUUUGUAGAAAUCAUUAGACUUCUGAAGGAAAAUAACAUGGCAGACAGCAUAGUAGAGUGCAUAGUAGAGAGAUUCAUAGAAAUCAUUUAGACUACUGAGCAAAAUAUUACAUAGUAGACAGCAUAAUAGACUCAUUGGAAGAGAGAUUUGUAGAAGCCAUUUUGACUACUGAGCAAAUAAAAUUACAUAGUAGACUCCAUAAAAGACUGAGAGGAAGAGAGAAGAAGAGUGGAUGGUAUGUUGGUGAUUACACUGCAGACUCAAUAGAAGAGAUAUUGGAAGACUGUCAAAUGCAAAGUAGAAACAAAAAUAAAAAAUGCAUAGUAGAGACAAAAAAAUAAAAAAGCAUAGUAGAGACAAAAGAAAAAUCUGCAGAAAUCAUGACUAGACUGCAGAAAAAAUACAUAGUAGACUCCUAGAAGACAGUUGUGGUAGACAUUGGUAGGAUACUAUACAGUAGAGAUUGAUAGGAGACUAUACAGUAGAGACUAGACUACCCUGUAUACAGUAGAGAUCGUUAGGCGACUAUAUUGUAGGGAUCGGUAGAGACUUUAUGGUAGAGAUCGGUAGGAGACUAUACAGUAGAGAUUGAUAGGAGACUAUACAGUAGAGAUUGAUAGGAGACUACCCUGUAUACAGUAGAGAUCGUUAGAAGACUAUAUGGUAGGGAUCGGUAGAGACUGUAUAGUAGAGAUCGGUAGGAGACUAUAUGGUAGGGAUUGGUAGAGACUUUAUGGUAGAGAUCGGUAGGAGACUAUAUGGUAGGGAUUGGUAGGAGACUAUAUGAUAGAGAUCGGUAAGAGAGUAUAUGAUAGAGAUCGGUAGAAGACUAUAUGGUAGCUAUAUACAUAUGGGAUUGGUAGAAGACUGUAUAGUAGAGAUCAGUAAGUAAUUGUGGUAGAGAGAGUUGGUAGAAGUCAAUAUUUAGAUAUAGGUAUAUAUGUUGAUGAUUACAGAGAGUCUAUAGAACUAGCUAUCCAGUGUAGUACAGUAUAGCGUGUAUGACAGAGGUGGGCUAGUCAGUGCUGAUGUGUACAUACACUGGUCAAGGGUUUCCCUACAGGACUUACACUUCACAGCUAUAAAGUGCCCUCCACUGUAGACAGUUAGUUACUGGGAUUACACACAAUCAUUUUCCACACUUACAUCAUCCUCUAGAUUUGGAUUGUAUUGACCGGACUCACUGGAUUAAGGUUCUACAGUGACUUUCUGUGUUUAUCUAGUAUCUAUCACAGCCUUUACGAGGAAGUACAUAGAAAUGUGCAGGGCUAGACCUCAGGAUCGUGGUGGACAGAUACUCCAGCAGAUAACCCUACAGGAAUUUACACGUGCUUCUAUCAGCCGCUUACUAUUGAUCUAGAUUCCUCCCUACCUUUCACCAUCACCAAGGAAAAUGGUAAUUGUUUAUUGUUGAUGAAGACAAUAGCACAUAUAUGUGUGUGUAUAGAUAAAGAGACAGGAGAUAUGGAGGACCAGGGGUUAUAGCCUAGCUGUCCAUUGCUACCUGAUUUAUACUAGGGAUGCUGAGAGGCUGUAGGUGUGAUUAAGAUAAUAAUGGCUUGCACCAGACCAUAAGUAACCCCGCCAUGACAAUUGACAGCCCUACACUUAGACCUUGUGUGAAAUUUUAUCCCUCGUGUGUUCUGAUAAGAUAAACCUUGUGAGCUUUUCCACACCAGCCUUUCCAGGAUUUCAAGAAUUUGUUCGUUUUGGAUAAACUGCCAGAGAGAGAAAAAAAUAAGGCUGCUAGCUAGUCUUGGUAGCAGGCAGCAUUGAAAACAGAAGAAUUAUUUGUGGAGAAAAGUAAUUCAAACGACAGCAAAUAAAUUUGUUGAAGAGAAAAGCGAUUUGGUUCUGAGGUUAGCAGCCACCUGCUUACGGAUACCUACGGGACUGGUUUCAGAUUUUUGUCGCCCAGGUCUAACUAGAGCUUGGCUGGUGAUCGGAGCAAGUCUGCGUUAUUCAGGCUCCCUGUCCUAGCCUGCUUGAGUGUGUACAGUGAGUUGGAUAACAGUGUUGUGCCGGUGACAGAAAUUGUGUGUCUUUUAACCCUUCUCCAACAUUCUGUGUGGAGGAACAAAAUUAAAAUAUGGUAAUAUCAGCGGAGAGAAUUUUUCAGGAUUUGAUUGUGAUCAAAAUGUCUGUUUUAAAUCUACAGUCUAGAUAAAAAUUUGGUUGUUUCCGGGUACAGAGGAAUAUUGGAUAUCUUAUUCCGAGACGUGUAGAGGAAAGUGAUUUCCUUUCUGUCAAAAAUUUACCAUCAUGGGGGAUCAAUUUGAUUUCCGCGACAUACACGACCUCAACAUUGGGGAGGUGUUUGACAAUGAUGGUACUCCAGCCACACUUGACUUGGAUUAUGCCAUGAAAAAUAUUAGCAAAUUCAAAACCGAUAGUGUUCGAAUUCGAUGUGAGAUAUCAGGAAACCCGCUUCCUCGCUACAAGUGGUUCAAGGACACGGUGCCCAUUGGAGAGAAUGAGCGUCGCAUCACCAUUCGACUUACUCCAUGGGGCUCACGUUUAAAAAUUGAGAGCCUGGAACCAUAUGACAGUGGCUGGUACACAUGCAAGGCGGUCAACAAAGCUGGACAGGUCAACACCACAGGUUUCUUGGAGGUCAAGGAUGGGUAUCCUCCCCAGACAGGGAAGAACAAGGAUUCUGGAGGUCGGGGUGGCGGCAAAUCCAAUCCCCCUGACAUCAGUGACAACACUGACAGUUUCUAUGGGAAGUAUGAUCCCGACAUUUAUAACAAAUAUAAGGAGGAGGAACGCAAGUCUCAGGAAGAAGGUGAUGGUUUCUGCCAAGUUUUCCGAGGUACAACUUGUUCCCGCUUCCUUCAAAACAGGACAAUCUACGUUACUUCUGAGUACUCACAAGGCAUCAAGGAGGAAAAUUUCCUCGCGGCCUUUACAACAAUUCAGGCAUCCAAUACCAUGAGUAAGGAAUGUCAAGACUAUGCUAUCCCAUUUCUCUGCUAUCACACGUUUCCCCUGUGUGACAACCACCCAACCAAUCCAAAACCACGUCAAGUGUGUCGUGACGAGUGUGAGAUGCUGAAGAGUAACAUUUGUCAAAAGGAGUAUGUCAUCGGCAAACAUCACCCACGCAUUGGUGACAAGUUUUUACCCAAGUGUUAUGAGUUAGCUCCCCCUGGCACUCAAGAGGGUGACGGAUGUGUACGCAUUGGCGUCACCAAAACUCCACCCAAGAUGAAUUGCUAUAACGGAAGUGGCGAGAACUAUCGCGGCCAGGUCAACAGGACGCGUUCAGGCCGAACCUGUCAAAACUGGUUACACAACCCGAGCUUCAAGUCUAAAGACAACAAAGAACUUGGAAAUCACAACUUUUGCCGGAACCCUAAUGGCACGUUUACUGGCCCCUGGUGUUUCACAGACCCCUACUACCACCACAGUGAGCUCUGUGACAUUCCCAAGUGUACCUCCUAUCAAACUGGCGAGCCGGUAGACAAACUCAUGUUUAUACUGGUCCCCGGGAUUAUCGUUCCCUUGGCACUUGUUCUCCUCCUCGCUAUCGUUUGUCUAUUCCAGCGACAUCGAAAACAAAAAGGUGCAGGCUUGAAAAAUGGCCGGCAGGCACCACAAAACAACAGCGAGUCUCAUCCACUCACAGCAAAAUCUGGUACUCGUAUACGUGAGUUUCCGCUGUCGUCAAUCAGAUUCAUGCAGGAGCUUGGAGAGGGAGCUUUUGGGAAGGUUUACAAAGGAGACCUACUUGGUCUGUAUGCUGAAAAUACUGUGUCAAAGGUUGCUGUAAAGACUUUGAAAGAAAAUGCAACUCCAAAGAUGAAGAAUGAUUUCCGUCGAGAAGUCGACUUGAUGACUGAGAUGCGACACCCCAAUAUUGUGUGUUUACUGGGGGUGUGCAUGAAACAGGAACCAAUGUGUAUGUUAUUUGAGUUCAUGCCUCAUGGAGACCUUCACGAAUUUCUAAUUUGUCGCUCACCAAACUCUGAUGUGUCAGUGGCAGACGAUGAUUGUGCCCAUAAACCAAUGCUGGAAUACCCGGACAUGUUACAUAUCGCCACUCAAGUGGCAGCUGGCAUGGAGUACCUGGCCAGCCAUCAUUUUGUACAUCGGGAUCUGGCAGCAAGAAACGUACUUGUUGGAGACAACUUGAGUGUGAAGAUAUCUGAUUUUGGACUUUCUCGGGACAUCUACUCGUCAGAUUACUACAGGGUUCAGAGUAAGUCUCUGCUACCUGUCCGCUGGAUGCCACCAGAAUCGAUUCUGUAUGGAAAGUUUACUACAGAGAGUGAUGUGUGGUCAUUUGGAAUCGUGAUGUGGGAAAUCUUUAGCUAUGGAUUACAGCCCUACUAUGGAUUCUCAAACCAGGAGGUUAUCGAGGUCGUAAGAAAACGCCAGAUUCUUCCAUGCCCUGAGGACUGUCCAACACGCAUAUAUGGUCUCAUGGUAGAAUGCUGGCAUGAGACUCCAGCUCGCCGACCCCUCUUUAGGGAAAUACAUGCACGGCUGAAAGCAUGGAAGACAGAGAUCAUGAUGCAGAACCCUCACUGGAGCUUGAGUCAGAGCCACUCAGCCCACUCCAGUAGUCAUCAGAGUUCCCAAAGUGGUCCCAGUCACCAAGGAAGUACUGGUCCUAGCAACACCACGGCCAUAACAGGGCUGACAGGAUCCAGUGGAGGGUCAGACCCCUCUCAGUCCAGCCAUUGCAUGUCCCCAGCUCCGCCACUGGGCAUGAUGCCUCCUAGUUACCAUGCCCUCCCCCCUCACUACCUGGCUAACCAGGUACAGAUGCCACAACAUCCACUCAUGAUGGGUCCCCAACACGGCCAGGUUAUGAACCAGAAACUCUUAGCACAGUUCAACAGCCCCCCUAACCAGCUUCCGAACGGGAUUUCUAAGCUAUCUCCGCCGGGGUCCGUGGCUAGUUCUAAGGCAUCCAACAGUUCAGGGUCGCAGGGCUCCGGCCAACCCUACAAACCCAACACAAUGCCACACCCACAAACAGCGAUACCACAGGGCGGCUCUCAAAAUAACGGUCCAGCAGUGCUCCCACUAACAGACAGUAGUAACAAGUACGGCCCACAGAACACCUACAUUCCAGACACGCGGACUGAGUACAACGAGAUUUAGUGUUCUGCCUGUGGGGCUGGUUUACCUGUGAAUGUACUCGUAAAGUGUGAUAUCCAUGUGCUAGGGAAUUUACACCUGGAAUGAUGUGUUAAUUCUGACUCAACAGAAUCUUCGUACCUGAUGUAGAUUUCGAAAAUGAGCUACAUCAUUUAGGAUUAUUUGUGUAUGAUAGUGCUUUAAGUGAUGGCAGUUCUGUAUACCGGACUUUGAAUAUUGGUAUACAGGUAUUCUGUUGUCAUAAUCGGGCUAGUGGAAUACAGGUAUGUCAUAAUCAGAAUGAUGAAAUAUAGGUAUGCCGUCAUCGGAAUAGUAUGCCAGAUUGACAUCAAAUGUGCUGUAAUUGGGAUAGUAUUGUGAAGGUGACAGAACGUGGCAAAUGAAUCAAAGGUGUGUCGAACAUCUUUAUUGUGUUUUACAGGUAGGAUAAAUAGAGACAAAAGAUGUACCAAUCUAGAAAUACAACAAUUGUGUUAUAAUGGAGGUAUUGUAUGAUUGAAGUGACACAGAAAUUCUCACCUGUGUUAUCCUGGAAUGCCAUGGUCGGGUCACAACACCAACAACACGGGUGUGACAGGACGAUUACUUCACUAAUCCUCCACCACUAGAUAUCCUGUAACUUUGAGUGUAAUAUUGAAAUAUUUCAACAUUACAGAUAAGUCAGCUGCUUGAUAUACAGAACAAUGCAGUACUUCUGGAUUUCCUUGAUGUGGCCAGGAAGAAUGCUAUGCUUAGAAUGAUGGAAUUUGACUAUAUAUUAUAUUAUUAUAUGCUACCGGCCAAAGUUAAUUGUUAGUUUGUAUGGUAACUUUGACCUGUAAGACUCGUUUAAAAAUGAGAUAUCAUGGUUAUAAUGAAAUUUGUGUAAUUCAUGAAGUUUUGUCAUUUUGUGACUAUAAUUAAUGUUUUUGUAUAGUUAUGUGUGAUGGGGGAGACAUCCGUAUCCCUUCCCACACCAAGGGAGGUAAUUACCUUACUUGUUCCCACACCAAGGGAGGUAAUGACCUUACUUGUUCCCACACCAAGGUAGAAAACCCUUUCUUCUUCCCAAAAAUUAACCUGUUGAUUUGCAGUAAGCAGUACCCAUCCUUAAUCUUAGCGAAGCUUCAUUGGCAACCGCCCUGAAUUUUGUUUUUAUUUGUAAAAUGUAUUUUUAGUUUGAAAUUUCAAGAUAUUUUAUCCAAAAUGUUCUCAGAAUAAUUUUAUCAUGUUUAAAAGUAUAAAAAAAAAUGUGAAAUAUUUAAUCCCAGUACAAACUUUGGUAAAAGAGUACUUACUGAUCAAAUCAGGAAAUAUCGGUGUCAGUUUUCCCUGACAAUCAUAUCAGACUUUAAAUAAUUCUACUGUUUACUGCUAAAGAUUCAAAAAUUCUUUGAUGAGUCUUUCGUAUGUAGGUAUGAGGAAUUUAGAAAUUUUGCUUGAGGGAAUAGAAUUAGGGUUAAAACUGAGGCGUGCUGAUGUUCUGAGCCCUGUCCCCUAUACCUACAUAAUAAGUGACUCUUUUCUCCCACCUCUUACCUGUAAGUUUGGCAGUAACCAAGAACAUAUUUGGAAAGAGUGGGGUAAAGCAUAGUACACUUGAAAACUAAAGCAGUAUGCAACAGCUUGAUAUGUCGAUCGCUAACUAAUUGGCAACAGACAUUUUUCUGCUGACCAAAAUGACAAAUCAGUGAUGUUGAAAUGUCGUCACGGUUCAGAACAUCAGCUGAUAUGGUACUGACAAUCUUAAACUCAACAAUAUAUUUUUAUGUGAUUCAGGAUUUAGGAAUAUAUAUACUUCUCAGACAGUAGAUAAACAUGUUCCAUAUGGAAUAAAUGUAUCUUGCAUGCAUAGAGGUGGGAGGGAAACAUAAACAAAGGAUGUAAUUUUAUGUUUAUUGAUAUUGGAGAAAUGAAUUACAAGUGUUAAUUGCUUGGCUGUGACAAAAUGUUAUUUAUAUCCUAGAAUCUCAUCUGGAAAGUGAUAUAUAGUGGUAAACAUGUUAGUAGGUGUGUAUUCAAUAGAACAGGUGAUUAUUUCUGAUUCCACACGAGCAGGUAUAACCAUAUUAUGUAACCAUAGCGAUGAAACUUUAUAUAUACUACCAAAAUUCUUCAUUAAUCAAAAUAAUUACUUAGCAUGAAAUUUUCCAUUCAAAAAAUGUUAUUUCGGUCUUGAAAGAAAUUCAUAUUUUUUAUGUGAUUAAUUUUUUCAAAAUUUUUGUUGCUUAAUGAAUUAAACAACUGCCGGAUAUAAACAUAAUUAUUAUAUAUAUAUAUUGCCAACAUAUUAUAAACCAUUCAACACAUAUAAUCAUAAAGUUUAAGAUAUAAUUAUAUAUAAAUACAUGUAUAGCAUAUAAAUUUCAGACUGGUGCUACCAUCCAAGUUACUGGGUGGAUAUAUGCAAGUAGGAUCAUACAAGAGUUAUGUCCCUUCAACAGGUGUGCAACUACCAGUAUCCUCAUUUUUUCAAAGUUUGAAUAACAGUCUUUAUUUAAGACCUAAAGGAAAUGGUUAUUUGUUUUAUUUGAAAGACUAGGAUAGUUGCUUCGAUCUACAAGGUAAGCAAAUAAUACCCUACCAAUUUUUAAAAGGGAAACAAAAUUCAUUUUCAAGUCAAAUAUUGAUGAAAACUUGCAUUUUCUGAUUUUAAAUCAUUGUGAAGAAAUGUCUUGAAAGUUCAGUGUCAAAUGAGAAGAGGAUAGCUAGUUCUCACCCUGUUGGAUACAAUGAGGAAAUCUGAAGUUGUCCUGUAGCAUAUCUCUUGUCAAAAAAAUAAAAAUAAAUGGAACACUUGAAACUCAGUGCUGAAAGAUGAAGUGAUCUUUUACUGCAAUGAUUGAUGUUUUUUUAUAUAUAUAUAUUAUGCUUCAUCCUUCAAAUAGAUCAUUGGAAAAAAUUUCGAGGAACAUACUCUACGUCAGAACCACUGCAAUCUGCAGAAUUACUGCUGUGUGGUAUGAAGUCAGUGGUAAAAUGCAUAUAGUCGAUUUUGCCGUCAUAUGUGGUAUUUUUAUGUUCGAUGUUACAGAUUUUGAUGCAUGAUGGUAAUAUUGUUUCUAGUCAGAUAAACUUUAGGAUGUAUUAUUAACAGUGCCAGAACUGCAGUGCUGCAAUUAUUGACAAUAUUUAUAUUUAAUUAUCACAUAUUUAUAAUGAGAAUGGUAUAUAUAUAUAUAUAUCUGGUUGCCGUGGUUUGGUUUACCAUGGUACUGUUGUGUAGAGGUUUAUGUAAACUUUCUCUCAUACAGGAAUUUUUACCGAAAAAUACACUUUUGAAUACUCCAAGAAAGAGGAUUACAGUUGUAUUAGAAAGUCUUGCACAAUCUCAAAACAGAUGCACAAUUCUUCUUUAGUUUCACGAAUGAACUUGUACAAUUUCUUUUAGGAUUGUUUAAAUCAUAGUGUACAAUUUCUUGUACACAUUCUCAAAUAUUUAUAUGUGCAAUUUAUAUUUUACACUUUCAAGAAUCAGUACAUGCAGCGUUCCAAUUUAGAUGCACAAACAUAUAGUUGUAACCAUGAAAUGGUAGCUAAUUUUUUCCCCAACCUAGAGUUGCAGACCAACACUUUGAGAAAUAAGCUUACCCAAGGGAUCAAGUUUGAUUUAUAGAUUGCCAAAAUUUCUGGUCCACAUGCUAAACAUACAGAAAUUGUCAUAUUUUAUUUUGCUUGUACUACUUACCUUUAAAUCUGUGUCUUGACUAAUACAUAAAUAGUCUAGAAAGAUGACGAUAAAAAAAAAUAUACAAAUAUUUUUUCAUGCUAUGAAAUGCUAAUUAGGAAAUUAUAUUUAUUACAUUGUGGCAGAAAGAUGGCAUGUUGAAAAUCAAAAUUUUGAAGUUUCUUUCUUAAAUUACAUCUAUUAACAGAGUGUUGUUAACAUAUAUCUGUGUAUACGGUUGUGAAGUGAUCAGAUGCCUUAUAAUUAGUGAUGUAUUUCCGGUGUAUAAAAUGAAGUCUACUUACAAAGUCAAUCAAUUGUCAUACAAAAUUUCUCCUUUUCCAUACCAAGUCAAUAUUAAUUCAAUUUCAUUUUUUUUCAUUCAGAAAACCAUUAUUAUCUUUCAAUAGAAAUCUGAAGAAUUGUGAAAAAAAUUAGCAUGAAAAUAUUUGGAGUAGAAAAAAUAUCACCAUCAAACUUUUUCAUUAAACAUAUUCUUCUGUAUUAUCAAGCUGGACAAAAAGGAAUGUUUUGUUCAAAAGCUUGAAAUAAAUUGCCAAUCAUGUUAUCUUUUCCUUUCGUAAGACCUUCUCUACAUGUAAUGUAAGGUUGAUGAGUUGAAUGUCAAUUCUAUCACUUUGAUCUUGAUAUUUCUUCGGAUUAAUGAGACCAUUUUAUAGAAAGAGGAUAAUGUUUCUUUUGUAUAGAUGGAAAUAUAUAUAUUUUCACUCAAUUUUUGACAAUAUUGUAGCGUUAUUUUGUAUAUUAAGACUUUCAGAUCUUUCUGGAAAGGUCGGGUUGUAUUUAAGAGAAUUUAAACGACAAAAGAUGCCAUAUUUGCAGUAUUCAUUUCAUGCUUGAUUCAUUCAUUUUAAUCUGUGUUGAAAUAAGUUAUGAUUUUCACCUUGAUCUUUAUUACCCGUUAGGGAGGUGUUUCUGAAUAACACCUUUGAUGCCAUCGUAAUUACGCCGACUGCCCUGUUGGUACACCGGCUAAUGUACAGGAUUACUAGAUGUUGUCUGUAUGAAACUGAUAUUCUCAUACAUAGCAAAUUAUGAUUUGUAUAAAAUGCCUCAAUUUCUAUGUUAUGUACCAGGUAUGUUUUAUUUGUAUAAAUAGCCUCUGCUCUAUAUUCUCCGCCAUGAAGUCCCUGUAUUAACGUAUAAAUGCCAAAGUUGCUUCGUUUUGUAAAUAAGGACAAUUUAAUUCCAUGUACUUGUAUGUUAACAAUCCUAAUAUAUAUCAGGCUUUUUUUUUUUUUUUCAUUUAUUAUAUCGCUACAUACAUUCAAAUGUAUGGAGUUGUCUCCCUUUGUCAAAAAAAAAAGACUUCUCCUUCAUCGAUGUUGAAUACAGAAGAAUAAAUGUAUAAUUUUUUAGAUGUUAACAGUUUGUAAAAUCCACUAUAUAUUGUUAUUUAUAAUUGUGUGCAGGUAAACCUGCUUUAGUGACUUCCUGUCCAUAACGACGGAUUUGUCCCUUUGGGGUCACUGUAUGCAGGUUUCUCUACUCUGCUGAAAUGUUUUUUUUCUUCUGUACUUGUGUAUUCUUCACAUCUUGGUAAUAAUAGAUCUAGUACAGAGCAAAGCUUGCUUUUAUAUACUCAGUGUAGCCGAUAACGGCAGGCGAGAAGCAUAUUUGGUCGAGUUUUACAUUUUUGAGAUUAAACUUCUGAUGAGAUGAUUAUGUUCAUUUUGAAGAUUUCUGCCAAGCAGGACUCUAUGAAGCAGUAUAUUGAGUCUUGCAAUUAUAUAUUUUGCUGGAAUACAUGAAAUUUUAAAUAGAGCACAAAGCUGCUGACAACACAGACCUGGUCAAUCUUCCUAUAAACUCGACGCAGAUCUUAACAGUAGGUGCUACUUCGAGUUUUUAUUUGAUUUUGGAUAGGCCGCCAAAUCUCGAGUCUGCUGAUCUUGUUCGGUAUUUUAAAGGAUCAAUUCAUAAUAUGUUUUCCAUGUAUAUUCCAUUGUACCAAGAAACAAUGGGUAAGAAUUAAAAACAAAUUAACUUCCCUGACUUAAAAACAGAAUUUUCUAGAACCAACUAACUGUUUUAACCUUGUGAUAUUGAAAUGUCUCAGAAAUGAAAAUUGUCAUAGGACCAAUCCAGCAUCCUUUCAAUUAGGGGGGAAACUUGGCAAUGUGUUGAUGUUCUAGUAAUUUAAACCCAUCAAUUUAGAAUGACUUGUAUUUGGUUCUAGGGACGUUUUGUAUCUGUCAGUUUUUGAGGACCGAUGAACUUCAAGGUCAGUAGACUACAAGUUGUUGGUGACCUAUGUUCAUUUCAAGGUGAAAUGAUGAUCCGUUAUUGGCGACCUGUGUAUGUUUUAUAGAAAGUCAUGUUUAUUCCACAUCAGUGUCAACAGCUUAGCAUGUAAGAUUCAUUCUCAAUCUUGUGUUGUAGUCACGUGAAGUGACAUAUUACUCAGAAUUCAUCCAUCCAACACAGCAGAAUAAAGUGUUUGACAAAGCUAUAA